AUGUCCCCGGCCCGACACCUCUCCCGGGACCUCCUCCUGUGCAGCUUCCUCCAGGAGCACGGCCUGCAGGCGGCGGACCCCGGCGAGACCAGCCUCCUCCAGCACCAUCCUGAGCCGCUCGGAGCCCUCCCUCACGAGGUGGCCAUGCGGCUGGCCCUCAUCGGGGACGAGCUGGAAGUGAGAUGGACGCUGCCCCGCCUUGCCCACCUGCCCUGGAUGGCCAUGUACAGCUUCGCUCACACCUACAACCAGACCGGCCUGAGGGUUGUCCUCACAAGCGCUAUGGGUGGCCUCGCUUACCUCAGGGGGAACAGAAGGUUCUGGAGCUUCCUGAUCCUCAGGGACUGGGUGUCCCCCCGUCUGGGCCACGGCCGGGGGCGCCAGUUGACCGGGCUGCUGCUGCUGGUGCUGCUGCUGGACUGGGGCCUGCACCUGCUCCAGUGA